AUGGAAUACUCUUCGCAGAUUCCCUUUUCCCCCAACACCAACUUCGUUGAUCUUCUCAACAGCCAGCAGGAUGGAGUGUUCUGCGGUUAUGCGUCCAGUCUUGGUGAAGAGAUGCCUGCGGUGGUGGAAGCCUCGGCUGAAGAACAGAAGGCCAAACGGAAGACUUGGAGCCCAGCAGAUGAUGUUCUGCUGAUAAGCUCGUGGUUAAACACAAGUAAAGACUCCAUCGUGGGCAAUGAGCAGCGAGCAGGGUCUUUCUGGAAAAGAAUUUCUGUGUUUUAUGCGGCCAGUUCCAAGUCUUCUGAUCAUCCAGAUGCAAUUCAGUGCAAGCAGCGAUGGCAGAAGAUAAAUGAUUUGGUUUGCAAGUUCGUGGGAGCUUAUGAAUCCGCAACAAGGGAGAAGACAUCUGGUCAGAAUGAGAAUGACAUUCUCAAAGCAGCUCAUGAAAUUUUUUUUAACCUUCACAAGAAAAGGUUCACGCUGGAACAUGCGUGGAAGGAGCUGAGGUGGGAUCAGAAGUGGAUAACCCAUUCAUCAAGCAAAGCGGAGGGAACCAACAAAAGGAAGAAAAGGGUUGAUGGGUCUCAAUCACCAACCGGUAUGGCGGAUGAACAGACGGCUUCCGACGCAGAAAAUAAGAGCAAACGACCCAUUGGUGUUAAAGCGGCUAAAGCAAAGGCAAAGAAAACAAUUAUGGACAUGAAGGCUGUACUAGAAGACUUUCGGACAAUGGCAGAUGUCAAGGCUAAAGACUUAGCUGAGAAGAAAGCCAUUUCCAAAAUGGCGGUGCUUGAGAGACUCCUUGCUAAGCCGGAACCGCUUUCUGACACAGAGGAAGCAUUCAAGCUGAAGCUGAUCGCUGAUCUGAUGGAGUAG